AUGUCCUCGGGCCCAGCGCGAUCAUCGAGUCGCGCCAAUGGAACCGCCGACGAGCGUCCCCGCGUCUCGACAACGAACGGAAGCUUCCGAGCAGAGAGAAUGGAGUCUGGGAGGAAGACAGCAUCUCCUCAAACUAGCGCGAGCUAUGGAUCGACACAACACAAACGUACGGCUUCGGGGCACCAUAGGAAUGUGAGCCGGUCGACUGAAGAACGACGAUAUGAGGAGAGACGGAUUACUGAGCGCACUAUCGAAGCUCAUGUGCAGCGCUUGGUUCCUCGUAGUACGAGCACUGACAGGCAGCGCCCCCCCGUGGAGAGGAAGGCACCGGAUACGCAUAAACACAAGGUAUCGGAGGGUCGUUCGCGUGCAGAGACACCUUCAGCCCCUUGGAACCCCGAGGCCUCUCUAGUGCCACAUACGACAGCUCCAUUGGCGUCGAGAAUAUCGAUAGCGCCCAUUGCCUCGGCAGUGCCCCAAGCUCCUCAACCCAAGCCCCUCGGUACAUUGACGCUGGAAGAGCAAGAAGCUGCCGUUGUGGCGGAUCUUCUUUUCGUCUUUAUGGGCUAUGAGGGCCAAUACAUACGUUAUGCCAAAGGUUACAACCCCAACGAGGAGAGAGAUCGGUUGUCGGGACCAGCUUUCAAGAUUGCGGCUGGCAUGGAUCCGAGUUUGCAUGACCUAGCACAGUCGAUGGUCAAGAUGGCAACCUAUUACUCUGCCCUGGAGGCCUUUGUAGACGUGCAGAGUCGCGAGGAGUUCGGCGCUGUUAACCACGCCUUGUGUGCCUCUGUACGCAAAUGGUUGCAGGAUUACUUGAUAAUGAUUGCCCAGCUCGAGACGCAGUUUCUCACAAGCGACACGUUCACAGUCCAUGUGCUCAAUGUUCAGACCAUCUCAACAUGCAAGAUGAUGCAGCAGCUGUAUGAGCUGGCUCAGGAGCUCCUGAAGCGCAACUCUCUUCUGGACGAUGACGACGAGGAAGAAGAGGACAGCGUGGACGACUACGACGACAUUAUUGAAAACUUGAGAGAUGGCGGUGAGCUCGUUCCUGGGAAUAUGACAAACAAGAAGCUUUGCAAAGGGGGUUUGGCACUUGGGUUGGUCACAACACGCCUUGAGGCCAUGUCAGGAGACCCUGCAGCUCGAGCCUUGCUCACAAACCUUCUCAGGGAUGCCAGCCGACCCUACAUGGUGAUGUUGAAUGAAUGGUUGCACCAUGGUGGGAUCAGUGACCCCCAUUCCGAAUUUCUUAUAAAGGAACAGAAGAGCAUCCGGAGAGAUCGCUUGGAGCAAGAUUACACAGAUGAAUACUGGGAGAGGAGAUAUACGAUCCGCGAUUCCGAUGUUCCCCCACAGCUUCAAAGUGUGAAGGACAAGGUCCUUCUAGCAGGAAAAUAUCUUAACGUGGUCCGUGAAUGUGGCGGCGUUGAUGUCAGCAAGGUUGUCGAGGAUGUUCCUACGUCUUUUGACGACUCUCGAUUCUUAGAGAACGUCAAUAACGCCUACGCACAUGCAAAUGAGUCGCUCAUGAGACUUCUCCUCACAACACAUGCUCUUCCUGCGCGCUUACGAUCACUCAAACACUACUUCUUCCUCGAUCCAUCCGACUACUUUUCAUAUUUCCUUGAGCUCGGUGCUUCAGAGCUUCGCAAGGGCGUCAAAACUGUUAACACUGGCAAGCUCCAGUCUCUUCUUGACCUGGUCCUGCGCCAGCCAGGAAGCAUCGUCUCUCUUGAUCCAUUCAAGGAGGACGUCAAGGUUGAGAUGAACGAAAUCACUUUGACAAAGUCACUCCAAAGAGUGGUGAAUAUCACCGGAAUUGAGCAGGGGGAGGCUUUGCAGCCUGUUUCCAACCAGCCUAUGGAGUCUGAUAAGAAGGCAACGGGUUUCACAUCCCUGCAGCUUGAUUAUGUGGUGCCUUUCCCAGUCUCCCUUGUUAUUAGCAGGAAGACCGUGUGGCGUUACCAAGCACUUUUCCGCUACCUCCUUUCAUUGCGAUACCUCGAAUCUCAGCUGUCAACGACUUGGCAGACUCAAACUCGUGGCAUUAGCUGGGGCCAUAAGGGAUCGAGCCGCAACUUGGAAAUUUGGAAGCGUCGGGUAUGGACACUUCGAGCACGGAUGCUGGUCUUUGUACAGCAGCUGCUCUAUUUUUGCACUGCGGAAGUCAUCGAACCCAACUGGUCUAAAUUCAUGUCGCGGUUGAACACAGAAGAUGAUGCUGAAGAUCAGAAGCCAUCUAGUUUCACGCGGACUGUCGAUGAGCUGAUGCAGAACCAUGUUGAUUUCCUUGAUACGUGCUUGAAGGAAUGCAUGUUGACCAAUAGUAAACUGCUAAGGAUACACUCCAAGCUGAUGCAGACCUGUACCAUCUUCGCCACCUGGACGAACUGGCUGACCCGCGAACUCGAGAAAUCCGACCCGGACCUUUCCGGCUCUACAAAGCCCACCACCAUGACGGAAGACCAGUGGAAACGUUUUAAGGCUGCCGCUUCCCGGCCUUCAGCCCCCGGUGCUGACACGUCCUCCAUCUCAGCCUCGGAUGGCGACCCCGAGGCGCGCAUCAACAACCUCUUCGAGAUCAUCCGCAAGUGGGAGAGCAACUUUAGCCGUCACCUGCAGAUCCUGCUCGACGCGCUCAACCACUAUGCCGCGACCGAGACGGUGGCGCUCCUGAGCCUCUGCGCGAGACUCAGCACUGCCAACCAGGGUACUCAGUACGCGGGGCUGAAGCCCGAGGAUGAUUCUGUUGCCUGA